UACCUCUUAUUGUAUCAGGAGAUGACACUGUGAUAGAGUUUUGUGCACUUUUCUGCUAAUGUUUACAAGUUUAGUCAGCCGAGGUUUAGAUCGGCAGAAUGCUAGCCCGCGCUAGGGAAGUCUCGCGGGAUUAGGUGAACGAAAGACCGCGAUAUCUUAACAAUUCCGGUUUUAGGAGUUUUGUUUUGUUUUGCUUGAAUAAUAUUCAGUGCUUUAGUUUGUGAUUUAUAAAGUAACUUAGAGUUUGAGAGCAAACUGUUUAAAAGGGCUUCAGCUUGCUAUGGCCUACCGUCUGUUUGAAGGCAAGGAGCAUGCUUCUUCCUACUGGAGGUACAGGAUCGCUCCAUCAGAUCAUCUAAUUCAACAAGUGCUCAACUUCCUGGAAAAGCAUAAAGGUCGGCCCUUUGAGCUGGCAGUAGAUGUGGGCUGCGGCUCAGGACAGGGCACACUACUCCUGGCCAAACACUUUGUCUCUGUGGUGGGGACUGACGUGAGUCCUGCCCAGCUAGAAGAGGCUUUGCAGCAUGCUAAAGAGUCAAACAUCACAUAUAGACAGUGUGUGGCCGAGGAGUUGCCGUUUGCUGACAGCUCAGUGGACCUGGUGACGGCCAUGUCUGCCUUCCACUGGUUUGACAGGCCACGCUUUCUCCGAGAGGUCCACAGGGUCCUGAAGCCCCAUGGCUGCUUAGCCUUGCUCAACUACACCAUUGACAUGGAGCUCAGCUACCCUGACUGCUGCUUGCACUCACUAAACCAAGUCUGCAAAGAGUUUUAUGCAGCCUUGCAUCCAUACCGCAGCCCCCACCUUGGUGUGAGCUCUAUUGAUUUGUACCGGGAGGCCUAUGAAACUAUUCCUUACCCUGACAAAGAAUGGCAGGAGUGUGUAUGGGACAGACUAACCAUGCCUCUGUCCAGCUACAUGGGGUUGGUGGAGUCUUUCUCCAGUUAUCAGGCUCUGCUGAGAGAUGACCCACAGAAGGCCACCAAACUCUCCCAGGACAUCUAUCAGAGGCUGAUGUCUGUAAUGAAGGUGACCUCUGCAGAGACAGAGGUGGUGGUAGCUGUCAAGUAUUUCUACCUUUUGGUCUGCAAACCGCAGGAAGCCUGACACCUCCAUUUUUUAUUUAUUUUUUUAUUAUGAACCUAAUUAAGGACACAGAAAAGAGUGCUAGGAUACUUAAUGUCCUGUUUUUGUUUUUAAAUCAGCUUUUCAGUACAAAGAUGUUCCUCUUUGAUACUUAAAAUUUAGGACAAGAUACUAAUGUACAAGGUUGAACUCUAAAUUUCAAAGACAAAUAGUAUAUGAAGUUUAAUUAGAGAGCUUAUUUCCUGUGUUUGUGCUAAGUUAAGCUACAUGUUUUCCAAACACCAGCCUUUUUAUAGUAAAGUUGCAAAGACAGGUUGUGUAGAUUGACUGAUUAGCUGUUGAAUGUUUACUCUUUCUUAUAAGCACAUAGUAUUUACUUUCCCCUUCAGAAUUAUAUGUGUAUAUGGAUGGUUAAUUUGGUAAAUGCUCAGAAACAUGUGAGAUUUAGGUGAACACAUAUUUGAAUUAUUAAGCUAUUUGUAAUCUUCAAAUAAAAGUAAAAUGAACAGUU